CCGGAAAAUUCAUCCUAGAGUAGCAAUUUUUUCAGCUAGCAUCUCGUAUUCGGCAUUCACUUUCUGAUUACCAAUGUCAACUAAACAACCCUACCGGAAAAUUUACAGUUUAUGCAGUUUUCAACCCAUAUAUCUAUUAACAAACAAAACAACGCCUCUCUUUCCCCUCCCCAUACAAAACUAUCAUCGCCAAACGCACACAAAAUCCGACGACUUCGCUGCCAAUGCUUGUGAGGAGAACGCCGCAUUGAAAGUGCAGACCCUUCUCAAGAUUGAAGCACAAAAAUCAGUGAGUGACAUAUUUCAAUCCCUCAGCCAAUGCAACUUUACACUAUCUGAAGAUUUCAUUCUUGACGUGCUUAAACGGCACCGUUCUGAUUGGAAACCAGCUUUUACGUUCUUCAAAUGGGUAUUAGCAGGUGGGUAUUCACCAAAGACUGGAUCUUUCAAUGAAAUUCUUGAUAUACUUGGGCGAAUGAGGCGUUUUGAUGAACUCAACCAAGUGCUCGACGAAAUGUCUAAGAGAGGAUUAGUUAAUGAAAGAACUUAUGGCAUUGCGAUUAAUAGAUAUGCUGCAGCCCAUAAAGUUGAAGAUGCAAUAGAGUUUUUCUAUAAGAGGAAAGAUUUGGGUUUGGAGCUUGAUCUUAUUGCUUUUCAGACGCUUCUCGUAUGUUUGUGUCGAUUCAAGCACGUUGAAGCUGCUGAAUUCUUGUUUCACAAUAAGAAAAAUGAGUUCAAGCAUGAUAUAAAGACGCGUAAUAUCAUUCUGAAUGGAUGGUGUGUUUUGGGGAGUUUACGUGAGGCAAAGAGGUUUUGGAAUGAUAUUGUGACUUCAAAGUGUAAGCCGGAUAAGUUUACGUAUGGGAUAUUCAUCAAUUCUCUAUGCAAAUCAGGGAAAAUAAGCACUGCAGUGAAGUUGUUUCAGACAAUGUGGGAGAAAGGGUGUAAGCCGGAUUUGGCAAUUUGCAAUUCUAUUAUUGAUGGAUUGUGUUUCAAGAAGAGAAUUCCUGAAGCUUUAGAGAUUUUCCGUGAAAUGAAUGAAAGAGAUUGUUUACCUGAUGUUGCCACUUAUAAUUCGUUGAUCAAGCAUUUAUGUAAGAUCAGGAGGAUGGAGAAGGUUUUUGAGCUUUUAGACGAGAUGGAAACGAAGGGAGACGGUUGUUUGCCAAAUGCUAGAACUUAUGGUUACUUGUUAAAUUCCGCCAAGACACCUGAGGAAGCUAUUGGGAUUUUGGAAAGGAUGAAUAAAAAUGGAUGUAAAAUGCUUGGGGAUACCUAUAAUUUGCUGUUAAGGUUGUUUAUGAGCUGGGAUAAUCAAGAAAGAGUAAAGAGUACAUGGGAUGAGAUGGAGAAGAGUGGACUAGGACCUGAUCAACGAUCGUAUACAAUUAUGAUUCAUGGUCUUUUUGAAAGGGGAAGAUUAGAGGAUGCUUUGUGUUAUUUCAAUGAGAUGAUAUCAAAGAGUAUGGUGCCAGAGCCAAGGACAAAUUUGUUAGUGGAUGCCAUGAACAUCAAGCUAAAGGAGAAAAGAAAAGAGUUGGAGAAGAAGGAAAUGACAAAAAAGGGAAGGAGUAAUGAGAACACUAGGUAAUGCAUGCUACAAUAAUUAUUACUAUUAUAAUCUUGCUUGACAUGCUAUUGGCUUGCUUUAGAAUGAUGACAAAGGCACUUAGAAUGUUUUCCAGAAUAUAGCAAAUCGAGAAAUCAGGGUAUCUGAUCACUGCGUGUUAAUGCAAUCAUGUUAUAAUUAAGCAAUUAAUUGGAUGGUGAUAAUUUGGAGUGAACUUUUUGUGUGUAACAAGUUUUCUACACUCUCAUAUAGGUAUCCCUAAGAAACAAACUUGGAGAUAUAAAAGCUUGAUAGCAUUAUUUUUCCAAUCUUUUCAUAUUAUAACCAAUGCUCGUCCAUAUUAGUCUUCAAUUUGGAAGUUAUAUUCUUUGAGAAAACUGCUCAGCAAGUUUUACCUGCCCGGAGCUGGAGAAGUGAUUGGGGCUAAAAGUAGCAUUUGCUGGUUAACUGCCUUGAGUUGCAGAACUGGUAAUGUGGAUUGUGGGUUCACUGAACAAUGUCCUGUGGUUCACUUGUCCCCCUUUCAACUCGAUAAUUGUGGAGGAAGUAGAAUAAACAAUCUUGUUCACCUUACAUGAUUCGUGGUCAUAUCAACAGUGGAAGAUAAGAUGACAGAUUGGAUCAUCUCAAUGAGAUGACAUUUACGGGUUGGUGCUUGGAGCAAGGACAAAAUUCUGGAGGAUGCUGCAAGAAAUUUAUGGGACAAUGAAAGAGGUUUAGGAAACAGAAGAAUGAGAAGUUGAAUAAGAAUGAAAAAGGGUAGGUGAUCCGUGAAUGGUGCACUAGAGCUAGUUUUGUAUGAUAUCCUCUUUGCUUUCAUAAGAAUGUAAACAUCAAUUAAGAAUCUUUGAGGCAUCUCUUUUGAUGUAUUUGCUAAAGCAAAGAAGCCUCAUCAGCUUAUUAUAUGCAGCGGCACAGACAAAUUUAUUGCCCAUUGGUUUUGUUUCAGACACUCAGCUAUGUGACUAAUAUAGUUGGCUUCUCUAUCUGUGAAA